UGAAAGGUGUGUCUGUUGUUAGAUUAGCCAGGCUACUGUUCAGCAGAAUGAAAGCCUGUUUUUACAGCUGCAGGAAGCUGAGAUUUAUACACUUUCCUCCAGCUGUAAACGUCUCAGGUGGACUUUAACCUCAGCAGCGUCUCUGAACUCACCUGACAGAACAACAAUGACAGAAGAAAAACAGAAGGAGGAGAAGAACAAUGACAGUCUCCAUGAAGUGUGUUUUCUUCCUGUUGGGAACUCUCUGCUUCCUCGUUUGCACCGUUUUAUUCUAUCAGCUCAGCUACAGUGAACAGGCAGCGGGUGCCAGUGUUGAGCAGGACUGGGGUUUCCUCUCAGCAGAAGAACAACAAGAAGGAGAGACGCUAGAAGCAGUGUGUUCUCUGAGGAAAGCGGUGAGGAACAAUGUUCUCCUCAGAGAGAAGUUCCGGUUCUCCGCUCCGGUUCUUCAGUGGGGGGGAACGUUCUCCAGACUUGCGUGGGAACGUCUGAAGAACCGAGAGCCUCCAUACGGCUGGAGGGGGCUCCCUGCCGACGUUGUCAGGGCGACCCUGUCGCUGCUCCCCAGCUCCCAUCUGUUUGAGCGCGGCUCGCCGGCCCGGUGUGUUCGCUGUGCCGUGGUGGGAAACGGAGGAAUCCUCCGAGGAUCCCGACAGGGGAGGAACAUCGAUAGCCACGACUUGGUCUUCAGGAUGAACGGAGCCGUGAUCCGAGGUUUUGAAGAAGACGUGGGGACAAAGAUUUACUUCUACGGUUUCACCACCAACACCAUGAAGAACGCCCUCAGCUUGUACCGGACCCUCGGCUUCACCAGAGUCCCUCAGGGUCCGGAGAUAAAAUACGUCUUCAUCCCGUCAAACCUGCGAGAUUACCUGAUGUUGGCGGCAGCUGUUCAGGGCCGGACAGUCGCCACGGGAACAGACAAGGGGGACAGGCCCUGGAAGUAUUUUGGUGACAAGCCUCCUGAAAACUUCAAGAUUCUCCACCCAGCUUUCAUUUCCUACGUGACUCACAGUUUCCUGUCGUCUCCACUGCUGACCGACGCCAGGACUCGUCACCUGUACAUGCCGAGCACUGGAGCUCUGAUGCUGCUCACCGCCCUACACACCUGUGACCAGGUGUCUGCUUAUGGCUUCAUCACCAGGAACUUUGCAUCGUUCUCGGAUCAUUACUACGACUCCGUCAUGAGGCUGCUGCGCUUCUUCACCAACCACGACCUGCGGAUGGAGAGCCGGCUGUGGGAGGAGCUGCACCGACGGAGGGUCAUCCGGCUGUACCAGCGGCGGGGGGGCGGCUAGAGGCCAGGCGUCCAGAAGACUUCUACGACAGGCUUCAAGGCGUUUCACACCAAGCACCAGUUUUCACUUGAUGUUUUCUGGGUUCUCAUGAAGUAGAGAACGUGACGGGAGACUUUGGCCAAUCACAGAGAGACAUUUCAGAGAGAGAGAGAGAGAGAGUUCCUAUUGGCUGUUCUGCACCAUGCAAACAGGACACCUGCAGGAACAAGUCUCACUCUGCUUCAAAUCUGGCAUUUUAUGCACACACGCACGCAUGCACACGCACUAACGCACGUACGCACACAUGCACUCACUCACACACACACACACACAC